AUGGAUUCACUUGCCGCUGAUCACGCUGCCACCUACAGACAGUACAAGGAGGACACCGAGUCCAUCGCUGGGUGGCUGGCUCUGAACUCGCUGAAAUGUGGUUACAUUGUUGCCGAACCUGCCUCGUCUGCCUCUGCGAGUCCAACCCCAAGCACAAGGUUGAAGGGAAAGGCCAGAAAGCAGGCUCGCGAGACGUCCAAAGCAAGCCACAGCCAAGUCAACGACCACUGGCCAAAAUAUGCCAUCAGUGUCUCCGAUUUCAGCCGCAUGGCGAAGGCCAUCGCCGACUUCAAGCCCAAGGAAGCUCGUACUUCCCAUGUCAAGAGGCAAACUCAUGCGGCUUCAAGAUCGGAAGAACCAGACCCAUUGAUCAAGCUAGUCAACCGCUUCUCCGGCCUCCAGGUCGAGCAUUCUUCAGACCAAGGACCGGAGAUUGAGCCGAGCAGCCCCGUCGAGCAAGAUGAGAACGACUACAAGCUGACAGACUUAGUCCCCGUUACCCUGAUCAAGAGCGAGGAAGAUAUUGAGGAAGAUUUCUUCUUUCCCAUCUUCACAUUCUUGCAGGAAGUAGAUGACGUACGAUCUAUGGUCCGGCAGGGUUGGAGUGGGUACAGAGAGGGCAGGACAGAACUCAUCUUCUGCUCGCUGAUCACGAACACCGCCAUUCAGCUCGUUCGGCGAGCCGAGCAUGAGCUGGGCUUGCCAAUCGAACGGCCUAAGAAAUACCCCUCUUCGGCAUACCCUGCUUGGAAUUUCCCGGGCAUAUUCAUAUACGAGAACCACCAGUCCAGCAUGAUCCAAAACAACGUGGACCUGAGGAGUUUUCUGGAGCCGUCACCAGGGGUUGCUUCACUUGGCUGUAGCCACUCGGAACUCUGCUUAUGGGAGACCUUCACGGCUCUCAAGCACUCUCUGUGGGAGGCGAAGCCAGAGGCAGUCAAUAUUUGUUGUUGGGAGAAGCGGAAGACGUUCCGCCGCAUCAAAAGUAUGCUGCCAUGUUUACAGAGCAUCUCGCAGGGCAUGGCACAGUCAUUCGCUAGUGAUGGAAUCACCUCGGGAAUCGGUGCCAUGUUCAAGACUAGAAGCAUCCCCGUUUGGACCGCCUUCGGAAUGGAGAUGCUCCUUGAUAUCCAGGACGAGCUCCAAACGGUGCCUCAAAAAGCACUAAAAGAGGUUCAGCGGCACACUCGUACCAAAAUUUCGGAGUUCAGAAGCAAGAAACUCGAUCAGCAGCCGUUCUCGGUAGUUCCCAGAAGACAGAAUGGCUGA